CCAUUUCUCUUGACCUUACAAAGGCACCCUUUGCCAGAUCCGUGUAAAGCUGUUCUAAUUCUAGUUGUAAAGACUUAAAUACAGACUCUUCAACUUGAAUUUUCUAAAGGUAAUCUGUCAAGCUUGCUCAUCAAUUUGAAAAAUUGCCAAAUACUUCCAUGACCCAAGACUUUUCUUGCAAAAAUAUUUUUGGCUAACAAUUUGAUGUUUCACAUGAGAGUAGGCUCUUUAAGUGUGUUUCAUCUCCAAUAUCCUCGAGUACCUUUUUUAGAUUUGUUUUUAGUAGCUUGCAAAUUCAGGGAAAUCAAGUGAUCAGGAAAGGGAGUCAACUGAUGAUCUACAUCUAUAACAAAAUGGGGGAAAUUAGGAAUAAAUCUAUUCUAGAUUUACGUAACAUAGUUUUGUUGGUCCAGGUAUAACCAUUUGUAUCCGGAUUGAAAUAACGCCAGGCAUCAUCAACAGAGAUCCUUGCAUAAUGUAGUGAUGAUAUUGCUAUUUUGAAGGCUUUGACUCGUUCUAGGAGGAAAACGAUCAACAGAUGCAUCAGGUGUUUAAUUAAAAUCCCUUGAAAUAAUUAGAAAAGCCUCUGAGUAUUUGUUGCAUAAAUCCUGUACUUUUAUGGUAAAUUGGGUAAAAAUUGUCUUAUUUGGAGCAUGUGAGUUAUGUCCAUAUACAUUACAAAUGAUGAAAAUAGCAUUGUCAAGUUUUUUUAUUUUUAUUUCACCUUUAUUUAACCAGGUAGGCUAGUUGAGAACAAGUUCUCAUUUACAACUGCGACCUGGCCAAGAUAAAGCAUAGCAGUGUGAACAGACAACACAGUUACACAUGGAGUAAACAUUAAACAAGUCAAUAACACAGUAGGAAAAAAACCAAAAUGAGUCUAUAUACAUUGUGUGCAAAAGGCAUGAGGUAGGCAAUAACUAGGCCAUAGGAGCGAAUAAUUACAAUUUAGCAGAUUAAUAACACUGGAGUGAUAAAACAUCAGAUGAUCAUGAGCAAGUAGAGAUACUGGUGUGCAAAAGAGCAGAAAAAUAAAUAAAUAAAAACAGUAAGGGGAUGAGGUAGGUAAAUUGGGUGGGUUGUUUACAGAUGGACUAUGUACAGCUGCAGCGAUCGGUUAGCUGCUCAGAUAGCAGAUGUUUAAAGUUGGUGAGGGAAAUAAGUCUCCAACUUCGGCGAUUUUUGCUGUUUAACAGUUACUAUGACCCAUCUCCCAUCCUGUGAAGAUGUGGAUUCAAGAAUGUCACCUUUAAACUUGUAAAUAAGUGUCAAAAUACCAGCAGAAUGAUUUGAUGCAUGACUGAAAUAGACCAUAUCUCCCCAUUGUGAUUUAAAUUCACUCACCCGAAAUGAGUUUCCUGCGUUUACAAUAUAAAAAUAAGGCUUUCCUUUUUGUAAGAUCUCUCAAACCCCUAGCAUUCAGACUAACGAUAUUGAGUUGAAAACGAACUCCUGCAUUUAAAAGAAAGAACACAAAUUAGAUAACAGAAGUGGUAAUGUGAACAAUAAAACAGUGAAGCUUGAGGGAUUACUCCGACGGAAAAUUACGCACAGUUGAGGUAGCGGUGGUUAACAGUAAAAAUAUGUUCAUUUCCUUUUGGCAAGUGUUCAUAGGUUAACUUAGUUCAAGCGGUACAUUUACUCAUGGCAGUACGCACAGUUCCAGUUCAGUUAAUGUCAGUUACCCAGUAAUCAUUUCUUCGAUAAACGCGUGUGGGCCCUUGAACCCAGCCUUCUUUUCCUCUCGUCGUGCCUUGCCUUCUGUAUAAACGGUAUCAGAGCCUCUUUGAUGCGGAGCUUCUUCUCGUCCAGAAACUUGUUCCCCGUGGUCAUUUUCCAGAUUAUGUCCCUGGAAUGGCGCAUAGUUAAGCGCAAAAUGAUAUUGCGAGGGGGUCCAUCAUAUCUUCGUUUCCCAAGUCGAUCACGUCUCUUAGCUUGUCUUUGAUGCACGGAGUCACCUUUCCCAGGAUAUUAAUGACUGCUUCCCUAAUAUUCCUCUACCUCUUUUACACCUUGGAUUUUCAGAUUCCACCUGCGAGAGUACCUUUGAAGUUUAGCUACAUUCUCACAGCUCAUUAUUUGGGGGUUGCCGUUUCUUAAACUCAUUCUCUAGGAACGUUAUCUUUUGUUUUCGCUCACAAUUUUGUGAAGCUGACUGACAGUUUCUGACAAAUGAUCGAUCUUCUUUGAUGUUUCUUCGGUGGCCCGCUCUAUGACACACUGGGGAACGUGGCGUCUUGUUUAGUAGACAGGGACUGGAUUGCAGAGAAAAGUUCAGACAUGGAAAUGUCCUAUUACUUUUUUCACCGGUGGAUUUUUAAUUGGAGUCUGAGGUAAAGAGGUUGCAAGGAUUUCAUCCUGGUCAGUUUUGUUCUUUUUCUUGCUUGAGCUCGCAGCAUCUUGUGUAUCCAUGCUGCUUUGGUUCUCGUCGGGGCUAACUAGAAUGUCUGCCGUCUUAUGUGAGGCUUGGAUAUUCCGUUUACUAUUGUCUUUCUGUCGUGUUCUUCCCAUUCAACUUGACAAAAACGAAAUCUAAACGUAUCCUAAGCCGCUAAAACAAGUUGUAGUUAGUUUCUUUCAACAGUGAUAGCCAAUGUUAACUGUUAACCACCUAACCCCCAAUGUUGCUUUGACAAGCGCGAGAACACGCCCUCUCACAGCGACGCCAUCUUGGACACCCUGAGGAAUCAACUUCCAGACUGCGGUCUGUUCAUCUCAAUACUUCAAAACUACUAAGUACUUCACAAGUCCAGUAUGUGGGUCUUCCAGUGAGUUGGAGAGGAAUGAGGAACCAUGGGACAGUUUGAAACCUUGACAUGGACUAUACCUAUUAUAUUGGUGCUUGAAUGCAUUGGAUCCUGUGUUGCAUGUGGUAGAGCCGAGUACAGAAUAGGGGAUGAAUGUUGUCCCAUGUGUUUAAAAGGAUAUCGUGUACAUAGUCAUUGUACUAAAUCUACAUUCACCCCCUGUGAGCCCUGUAUUGACUCCACGUUCCUUGAUGAGCCCAGUGGUAAAACAACAUGCAACGACUGUACCACAUGUGAUCCAGGUUUGGGUUUGAAGGUAAAGCAGUCAUGUACACCUUCAUCAGACACUGUCUGUGGGACACUGGAGGGGUUCUACUGUCUAGACCCAACUAAGGAUGGUUGUAGAGCUGCCCAGAGACACAGCAGCUGUAAACCUGGUCAAUACAUCAGCCACACAGGAACAACAUCUACAGAUACUGUGUGUUCUGACUGCCCUGGUAAAACUUAUUCAGAUGGAUCAUUAACAUCUUGUCAGCCACAUACAGAGUAAGUGUGAACAUGAUUAGUUAGUUCAAAAGGUUAUUCCCCUGAAGAUAUAAAUACAUGGUAGAAAGGGGACUUCCGAGGGGACGUCCGAGGGGACGGUUUAAAGUUAUACUGUUACAUAUACAUAUGAGAUGAGUAAUGUAGGGUAUGUAAACAUAAAAGUGGCAUAGUUUAAAGUGGCUAGUGAUAGAUGUAUUACAUAAAGAUGGCAAGAUGUGUAACAGUAUAACUUUAGACCGUCCCCUCGCCCCGACACGGGCGCGAACCAGGGACCCUCUGCACACAUCAACAACAGUCACCCACGAAGCGUCGUUACCCAUCGCUCCACAAAAGCCACGGCCCUUGCAGAGCAAGGGGAACCACUACUUCAAGGUCUCAAAGCAAGUGACGUAACCGAUUGAAACGCUAUUAGCGCGCACCACCGCUAACUAGCUAGCCAUUUCACAUCCGUUACAGAUGCAGUAGAUUAUAUAGAGUACAGUAUAUACAUAUACAUUAUAUUAAGUGGCACUGUUUAAAGUGGCUAGUGAUACAUUUUUGAUCAAUUCCCAUCAAUUUCCAUUAUUAAAGUGAGCUGGAGUUGAGUCAGUAUGUUGACAGCAGCCACUCAAUGUUAGUGGUGGCUGUUUAACAGUCUGAUGGCCUUGAGAUAGAAGCUGUUUUUCAGUCUCUUGGUCCCUGCUUUGAUGCACCUGUACUGAACUCGCCUUCUGGAUGAUAGCGGGGUGAACAGGCAUUGGCUCGGGUGGUUGUUGUCCUUGAUGAUCUUUAUGGCCUUCCUGUGACAUCGGGUGGUGUAGGUGUCCUGGAGGGCAGGUAGUUUUCCCCCAGUGAUGCGUUGUGCAGACCUCACUACCCUCUGGAGAGCCUUCCGGUUGUGGGCGGAGCAGUUGCCGUACCAGGCGGUGAUACAGCCCGACAGGAUGCUCUCGAUUGUGCAUCUGUAGAAGUUUGUGAGUGCUUUUGGUGACAAGCCGAAUUUCUUCAGCCUCAUGCUGUCUGUGUGGGUGGACCAAUUCAGUUUGUCCGUGAUGUGUACGCCGAGGAACUUAAAACUUACUACCCUCUCCACUACUGUCCCGUUGAUGUGGAUAGGGGGGUGCUCCCUCUGCUGUUUCCUGAAAUCCACAAUCAUCUCCUUUGUUUUGUUGACGUUGAGUGUGAGGUUAUUUUCCUGACACCACACUCCGAGGGCCCCAUAUAUGUCCUGGUUGGAACUGUUGCUGUUAAAAUACAAUAAAUAAUUUUCAUUCUGA